AUGGGUGCCUGCUGCUGCUGUUUCCCCUCCAAACCCCCAAGGGAGAACCCAAUGCACCCAACCGCAGAGCCGCUCAUCCAGCGGAAGCCCAAUCACACCCCUCCCUACCAUCAAAGGCCCCCGGUGAUCACCCAUGCUCACAAGGGUAUGAACGCUGUCGUGCGCCUGAAGACCGGCUUCGAGCGUUUCAGAACGAAUGUGUACAACAAGAAUCCGAAGCUUUUUGAAUCGCUUAGGAAGGACCAGUCCCCCAAGUACAUGGUGUUUGCAUGUGCUGACUCGCGUGUGUCUCCAACAAUAACCCUCGGACUGAAUCCAGGAGAGGCCUUUACUGUUCGAAAUAUUGCCGGAAUGGUUCCUGCCUAUCAAAAGACAAGGCACUGCAGCGUCGGGUCAGCCAUCGAGUUUGCCUUAGUUGUCCUCAAGGUUGCUUCUUCCUUCUCGUUUUCAAUACCCUUGACACACGAAAGUGUGCUUUUAUUCAGGAAUACAACUGUCUCAUACAACUUUGCAGUUGAGUGCAUUGUUGUGAUUGGUCACAGCCGCUGUGGUGGCAUUAGGGAACUACUCUCGCUGAACGACGAAGGGCCUAACGCCUACCACUUCAUUGAGGACUGGGUGAAGAUCGGUAUGGAGGCCAAGAAGAAGGUCCAGAGAGAAAACAGGUUGUUGCCUUUUGACGACCAAUGCACCGUGCUGGAAAAGGAGGCCGUCAACAUUUCCCUUAGAAAUUUGAAGUCGUACCCGUUCGUCAAGGACAGACUGAACAAGGGCACACUGAAUUUGAUUGGUGCCCGCUAUGACUUUGUCCGCGGAAGCUUCGAAACGUGGAAUGCCUGA